GAAGCAUUUCACCGCAAAAACUGGACAAUGCUCGUGUGAUUGUGGUGACUUGAAGGCAACUGUUGUUUCAGUGCAGAGGAAGGAAGAAACUGCUUCCUUUGGAAGAGGAAAGUGCCCCCCUUUCCUUUUGGAGUAGCAAGCAUUUGUGUGCCGAAAGAGACAGAAGACAAAGGGUUGUGAUGGUAUUGCAUCUCAAAGUUUGUUUCAAACUUUGAAUCCAUUUUCAGCCAGGGGAGAAUGUCGGGGAAGAAGGAAUUUGAUGUGAAGCAGAUCCUCAGGCUCCGCUGGCGCUGGUUUAGCCACUCGUCCCAAGGUUCGGCAGGAAGCGGCGGUGUCGGCGGGGUGGGAGGUUACAUCCAGCAGGAUGGCAGCGAUCACAGGGGGACCCCGGUCCACAGUCGGCUCAAGAGUCAGUCUCGGGAAAGGGGUGGAGGAGGACCGCGGAAGUCGAGCAGCCCGGCCCACAGUAUCCUGGCGCCGACGUUGGGACCCACGCCUGUCAGUGUCAGAACGGGUCAACAGUCAUGGCAGCAGCAGCAGCAGCACACCGUGCCAGGCCUUCAGGUCAACGAGGACAAGGGCGCUCCGUCACUCAGCACCCCCAGGAAGGAGGACCCCAACACGGCCAUAGAAGAUGUGAAGAGCAGCACGGAGGAAACUGCGGAGGUGGAGGCCAGAGAGAGGUUAGCUCUGAGCGCAUUCAUCAGAAUGAACAGCAACUCCUCUGACGAAUUCUUCCAGGCCAGAAAUCAUGCUGAGCAGACCUUCCGAAAGAUGGAAAGCUACCUGCAGCAUAAGCAACUGUGCGAUGUGCUUCUCAUAGCAGGUGAUCACAGGAUACCAGCUCACAGACUUGUUCUGAGCGCCGUCUCCGACUACUUUGCUGCAAUGUUCACAAGUGAUGUGAAGGAGGCCAAACAGGAGGAGAUCAAGAUGGAGGGGGUGGAUCCAGAUGCCCUCACCUCCCUGGUUCAUUUUGCCUACACUGGUGUCCUUGAGUUGAAAGAAGAGACCAUCGAGAGUUUAUUUGCGGCAGCUUGCCUCUUGCAGCUCUCACAAGUCAUCCAAGUUUGCUGCAACUUUCUGAUGAAGCAGCUUCAUCCCUCCAACUGCCUGGGAAUACGCUCCUUUGCUGACGCCCAGGGCUGCGUGGACCUUCUUAAUGUGGCUCACAACUACACCAUGGAAAACUUUCUGGAGGUCAUUCAGAACCAGGAGUUUUUUCUGCUCCCCACGGAUGAGAUAGUGAAGCUGCUGUCCAGUGAUGACAUCAACGUGCCUGAUGAGGAGACCAUCUUUCAGGCCCUGAUGAAGUGGGUGAGAUACGACGUCCAGCAUCGACAAGAGGACCUCGGAAUGCUUCUGUCUUAUAUUCGCCUGCCUCUUCUUCCGCCACAGCUUAUUGCUGACCUGGAAAACAACAAAAUGUUCUCUGAUGAUCUGGAAUGCCAGAAACUGUUGAUGGAGGCCAUGAAGUACCAUCUUCUGCCUGAGCGCCGUCCCAUGUUUCAGAGCCCAAGAACCAAACCUAGAAAGUCAACAGUGGGUGCACUUUAUGCUGUCGGAGGGAUGGAUGCUACCAAAGGUUCGACCACCAUUGAGAAGUAUGACCUGCGCACCAACACCUGGGUUCCACUUAAAGUUAUGAACGGACGCCGGCUGCAAUUUGGCGUGGCCGUGAUAGACAACAAGUUGUAUGUGGUCGGUGGAAGAGAUGGGCUCAGGACCUCCAACAUGGUGGAGUGUUACAAUCCAGUCAACCAAGUGUGGUCCACCAUGCCCCCCAUGUCAACACCCCGACAUGGACUUGGCAUUGCUGUGCUGGAGGGCCCCAUGUAUGCUGUAGGGGGUCAUGAUGGUUGGAGCUAUCUCAACACAGUGGAGCGCUGGGACCCACAGGCCCGACAGUGGAACUAUGUUGCCAGUAUGUCGACACCACGAAGCACCAUGGGAGUCACCGCUCUCAAUGGGAAAUUGUUUGCAGUAGGUGGCCGGGAUGGCAGCUCAUGUCUGAGGUCAAUGGAGAGCUUCGAUCCUCACACCAACAAGUGGAGCAGGUGCGGCCGGAUGGCCAAGAGGCGAGGGGGUGUGGGUGUGGCCACAUACAACAACUUCCUUUAUGCUGUGGGCGGACACGACGCCCCGGCCUCCAACCACUGCUCCCAACUCUCAGAUUGUGUUGAAAGGUAUGACCCCAAGACGGACACGUGGACUACCGUGUCCUCUCUCAGUGUUCCUCGGGACGCAGUAGGCGUUUGCAUGCUGGGUGAUAGGUUGUACGCCGUAGGUGGAUAUGAUGGGCAAUCCUACCUGAACACCGUUGAGUCAUACGAUGCGCAGAACAAUGACUGGACUGAGGAGGUCCCGCUAAACGUUGGCAGGGCAGGUGCUUGCGUGGUGGUGGUGAAAUUGCCUUGAGCGUUUUUUGUCCCACGCCUGUUCGAUAUAAACAAAUGAAGAAGAGCAGACCACCAAAACAACAAGGACGCGUCCUCUGAGAGACACUUGUUUUUAUCCUUUCGGCUUUCCAGAUUUUUGAGAGGGACAAACAAAACAAAACAUGAGCAGGUCUCUCCCCCAUCAUUGGCGCACACGUGGGCCCACUGGGGAGGGGACCCGCGCCCAAACUGGAAUGUGCAUUCUUGACAUUCUCAACCGAUCAACAGUUUUCAUACUCUUGGCCAAGCUGUAGCACCGCUUGCCAAAAGAUUGAUGUAUUGCUUUAUUAUUCUGGUUUUACAAAAAAGCUCCGAUCGUUUUCCUAUUGUUGUCAUCCAAACUGUACAUUUUUGCGCUACUUUCCUCCCUUUACAGCAACUCAAACCAACACAUCACUGUGAAUAACAAGAACACAGAAGAUUUUUUUGGUGGCCACUGUAUUAAAAUAUAUGUUGCUUCUUAUCUAGUUGGUAGCGUUACACAACACCAAAGUCAUUUGCUUGUCCUUAGAAAUCUGGGGGAUUGAAUAAAGUUUUACACAAUUGUGAAUUCCAUGAGAUUAUAUCAUAUUGAUAUUUCACAUUGCUACAAUUAUGUUGGAGUCCUGUUUGAAGCUGUGUGCUUGGAUUACUGCCGUUAUUUCUUAUUUCUUUUAUGCGCGCAAGGUGAAUGUAUUAUUUCAUCACCAUAGCUUCUAUCAAGUUUACUGUGUGUUCUGUACAUGCCUUCUUGGUUUACGUAGAUGGUUAGCGCUUAUUGUCCAACGUCCCAACGACCCAACGACCCAACGUCAAGGGCCGAUUGCCCAAAAUGUGACGUUUUUAUUGGUGUAUUUUACAUAUUCCGCUCACAAGAAUUAAAUAACAACUUGAGAAGAAUUUCCAAUUAUUCACAUAAUAUGCUUCCUAGAAUGAAUGUUACUUUCUAUGUUUUUAAUCAAGAUUUUGUACAGCAUGCUAGCAUCUUAAUAUAAUUUUUUAAGAUCACUG